AUGGCGGCAACUAUGCCGGCCACUCACGAUGAGCUGACGCUGGAUGCGCAACCACCUUUGGUUGACAGUGAUCAAGACGCUGAGGGGGAAGAAGACACAGACCUGUAUCAGAUGGACCAACAGUUACAAGAUGCUGUUCAAAAAGCCGAUGCUGAUGACGAGGCCGAAGAUGCCGAUUCCCCAUCUGAACCACUGCUAGAAGAUAACAAAAGCUACGAAGAGUCGGGCGGGGAGAACGAGGACGAGGUGUCGGCCGCUAGUGAAGAUGAGGGAGUUGUCAAAGCACCAAGGCUUCGUCGGCACCAAAAGCGGUCAGGAGCCGCCUCGAAUUCCGAUGGAAACGAACCUGACCUGGAUGUGCCCUUCGAGAACGGUUCCGAUAGACAUUCAAGUAGUGAUGAGUCGGAUGUCGAGGCGGAAGACUGGGACGUUGAAAGCAACGAGAGAGAUGACGUAGAAGGGGAUAAAGGGCCUCGGGGGAACUGCAUAUUUUGUGGCCAAGACGAAGACAAUGACCCGUCAGAAGACUUUGAAGAAUACCUCACCUGCGCAGUCUGUGGUGAUCACUCCCAUAGACAGUGUGCCCGCGAGCAGAAUGCUUUCAGUGACACCGAAGAAGCGGAAAACUGGCGAUGUGUGACUUGUGUGCAAAACAAGCUUGAACCCGACCCAGGACAACAAGCAGCAGCGCGGCGUCGAGCUGCAGCUCAGAAUGUCUCACGCGAUCUACUGGCAGCUUCGGCUGGCAGCGAAGGACCUGAAUCUCACUCGAUUUUCAAUAACUUGAUCGUUGAUGAUGACCCGAUGGAUGGAUCACGGUCAUUACGCAAGAGGAAAAACUCAUCUGCCGAAGCCCAAGACCUGCCUCUCUUAAGAAAGCGAUUACGGCGCACACCGUCGCAAGGAGCUGGCGAUAGCGCAGACGGCUCUAUCGAUGCUGAUGGUUUGUUAAGAAAUCGACCCCGUAGGGGACGCAGACCGGAUAAAGAGCUAUGCCGCAUUAUUGAAAAGGACGAUAACAAGUGUGUUGUUGCCUUUCACUUGGACUUUGUCAAAUUGGCCAAAAUUCUUAAUUCUCGCCCGCGUCCUUCGAAGGCAAGGCGGCGCAAGCCGCCAAAACCAGCGCCUGUGGAGGAAGAACCUCUUGCUCAUUUUGCCCCGAUCAUACCUACCUAUACUUCACCUUUUUAUACUUUCCACGACCGUGACGCUGAUGAUUCCAAAUCAAAACCCUACGGUGGUAUAUUAUCAGAAGCUGAUGCGGACACCAGCCGAACCCUUCCAACUCAACUUGAUCGGGAGAAGUUCGAGUCCGCGCGAAGGAAAGCAGAAGAAGACUGGCAAAAGAAGAUCAGGGAAUCCGACCCUGUUGGAGAAGUGAACCAUCGUGCAUCCCAGAAAGUGUCUGGCCCACCAAGCAAAAUUAAAUGGAUCAAUUUCGGUGGUUACGAGAUUGAGACAUGGUACGCCGCCCCGUACCCUGAGGAGUACAGCCGCAACAAAGUACUCUAUAUCUGCGAGUUUUGUCUCAAGUACAUGAAUUCCGACUUUGUUGCGUGGCGACACAAGUUGAAAUGCCCAGCCAAACACCCACCUGGAGAUGAGAUAUAUCGGGAUGGCUCAAUAUCAAUUUUUGAGGUCGAUGGGCGGAAGAACCCUGUCUACUGUCAAAACCUCUGCCUUCUUGCAAAGUUGUUUUUGGGAUCCAAGACUCUUUAUUAUGAUGUCGAGCCAUUUCUCUUUUACGUUCUGACAGAAUUCGAUGAUGUGGGCUGCCAUUUUGUGGGUUAUUUUAGCAAGGAAAAACGCCCUAGUUCGUCGAAUAACGUUUCGUGUAUCACUACGCUUCCUAUUCACCAGCGAAAGGGAUACGGAAACCUCUUGAUUGAUUUUUCCUAUCUCCUGACGCGAGUCGAGAAGAAGACGGGGUCUCCGGAAAAGCCACUGUCGGAUAUGGGCUUGGUGUCUUACCGCAACUAUUGGAGACUCGUCUUGAGUUACCAGUUACGCGAUCAGAAAACGCCUAUCAGUAUCGCUGAGCUCUCCGACCGAACAGGCAUGACUGCAGAUGACAUAAUAUCUGGUCUAGAAGCACUUCGCGCCCUCGUCCGAGACCCAGUUACCAAAACAUAUGCACUGCGAUUGAACUACCAAUACUUUGAAGAAUGCAUUCAAAACUGGGAAAGCAAAGGUUAUGUGAAGCUGAACCCAGUUUCUCUCUUAUGGACCCCCUAUGUGAUGGGCCGCAACAACCAAUCUCACUAUGAUCGUGCUCAAUUGCACACGGUUGCUCAGCGGGAUGAUGCUGAAGAGGAAGAGGAGGACGAAGAGGAAGAAGCUCCGGCUGUGGGCGGCCGUUCUCCCAAGAUAAAUGGAAUCACAAAUCCUAUUUCUGAAGGGCUUCCAUACGCGGCGGCAGGCCCUCCUUCAACAACAGCACUGUCUCUUGCAAGCUCUUCUAACAAGGUCAACGGAGAUCACGAUGCUACAACCGAACCACCCAACCCAGCAGCCCGUAUUCCACCUAGUCGAUUUCAGAUUCAUCCUCCUGUUCAGGGACCGGUUUUCAAAAGACGGCCAGGUCGGCCUUGGGGUAGUAAAACCAAUCACAGCCGUCUCUCAUACAAUUCGGGAUCUCGAACUGCGCGAUCUACACCUCGACGCACGUCAACCUCUUUGUACGGUGUAGGGACACCCGCAUCUACGGGCGGAUCAGCAUCUCGGCGGGCUAGGAGUGGACUAGGCGCCGAGCUGGGCCUUAGUGUCGAAAGCCCUUUUCGCAGUGGCAGUUUUGAGGACUCACAGGCUAUUGAGGAUGAUGAUGAUGAUGGUGGAGAUGGACCUCGAGGUGGUUUGGAAGUCACAGCUGACUCCGCCACGGCGAUGGAUAUCUUUUCAACAUCAGCAGAUCCGGAUCAGCAAGUGAAUGGGUUUGACAUAUCCGAUACUGGUACUGCUCAAGAGGAGACUGGCGACAAUGAAGCUCUUAGCACUGGUAACUCAACACCUCGUCGCACGCGAAGGGCAAUCGUCGAUGAAAGAGAGAGAAGUACCAAGGGAAAGCCCGCCUCUCCUACAAUUAACGGCAAUGGCAGUGACAUCGACGCCGAAGGCGAGAUUGACGACGAAGUUCAGUUAUAA